AUAUGACUGACCUGGGCGUAACUAACUGUACGCCACUCGGUAACUUUUUCUGAGGUGAAUCUGUUACACGCUUGUCUCUUUGCUAAAAGAUCGUACAAGGCGACGUUUCAACGAGAACAUCAUGAAGAUCUGCGGUCCUAAAUAUGCCCUGUGUGGCUUGGUACUUUCUACGUGGGGCAUAAUUCAACUAGUCUUGAUGGGUGCAUUCUUUUUUAUCAGGAGUGUUGCUCUUAUAGAGGAUGUGCCAGUGAGCGAAUUUACAUCGCUAAAUGAAUUUUAUACUAAAAUAGAUGCUGGAUACACUCAAAAUGCAUUUAACUGCUGGAUUGCCGCAUGCAUUUACAUUGUGACAUUUUUAUUAUCGGGUCACCAAUUCUAUGUAAAUUCAAGAUCAUCUCUUAGCGUUUAAUUGGAAAUGGUAUUCUAUAUAAUCAGAGCUGCCAAUGGCUUCAAGGAGCAUAAAAUUGAUAAUGAAAAUGCUACUUCUAUCCCAUGAAAUAUACAAAUAUAUUAUGUUUUAAAUAUCUUCGUAAUAAGCUUUGCUCCAGACAUCUGCAGAGCAUAAUAGAAUUUUACCAAUUACAUGUAUAAUAUUUCAGAACUCUAUUCAUUUCUUUUUCCUGCUAUUUAAUAGAAUUGUAAAAAUAUGUGCAUUGUUUUCUGCUAAGAUGUUACAAAGUAUUCAGAUCCAUAAGUUAUAGAUAUUAAUUAUUACACACAGUUGCAUGUAACAGUCUGCUUUAAGUAUAUUCCAGUACAAAAUGA